GGCGGGGCUCCUCUUUGACGUUCUCCAUCUUGGUUUUUGUCUUGCAGAAUUUGGACGGCUCCUGUAUCCAGUCUGUCAACCUGAUUAUGGACCAGGAUCAGAGAAAACAGGUCACCUUGACGCAGGCAGGAGACGUCCUCGUGUAUGACCAGUACAAGAUCAACCUACCUUACACAGACGACGUGUUCCGGGUCAGGAAACUCUCAUCGGUCUUUGUACAGGUGAAGACGGACAUCGGCCUGCAGCUGCUGUAUGACCGGCGGGGUCUGCGCCUCUAUCUCCAGCUGGACGGGCGCUGGAAGGACAACACGGCCGGCCUUUGCGGGACCUUCAAUGACAACACGCAGGAUGACUUUCUGUCUCCCGUCGGGGUUCCGGAAAGUACUCCGCAGCUGUUUGGGUAUUCCUGGAAGACGUCAUCGGCCUGCAGAGUGGAGUAUCCCCCCUCCCCCCUGGACCCCUGCGAUGUCCAUCUACAGGCAGGUAGGUAUACAGAAUGCUGGAGGUCCUCCGAUAACCGGCUAUAG